AUGGCCUACAUCCUGUACUCGAUUCUCUUCUUCUCCAUCGCUCUCUCAACAAUUCUAUACUUCACGCGCAAUCGCUGGACACCGUACCUGCCGAUCCCUGUGCAAGACCUGCUCUCCCGACUAAACCCCUACACGUACAGCCGGGUCCCGACCACGUUCAUGGGCGAUGUCGAAUCCGGGUUCACCUCCGCGGACUUCGACCUCAGCUCCAACAUCAUGGAAGGCGACAGCCGGGGCGGACUGGACCAGAGGGCGAAGCGAGAGAUCCAGAGGCUGAUGAAGAUCCGGGGCAUCAACUUCGACGAAGCCAGGAGGGUGUACAUGGAACAGCGGUUCAAGAAAAACGGCAUCGGAGAGGACGGCAUCCCGAAAGAUCCAAAGUUCGUGUCCUUCUCAUAG